AAAACAUUUCAAACAAUUGAGUCAACACGUGGGGAAGUGUCAUGUGUCAAUUAAAACGUUCCUAAGAAACACUUAAGGUAGGACUCAACUAUCGGUUCUAUAAAAAGAAAAUAAGCUUUAAUUCGCUGAAGACAUUUUUGUCGGAGACCUUCUGAGUAAAUCUGGGUUUUCCAUCUUAUCUUUCAGGUCGUCUAUCAACUAACGUUAGGGAGCCUAUGGACCACUGGCAGUGGUGACAUACUUUACCGUCUAGUUUUCUGCCUGUUUGCGUUGUUCUUAGAGACGGAAUAGAGAUAAUAUACGUAGAUGUUUUUUGUUUUGUUUACGAUUCUUGGUUAUUCGGUGUAAUGGCAUGAUUGAUUAAAUGAAGGCUGCGUGGCUAUAACAGCAUUAACAGGUAAUCUAGGUAAAAGUCACGUCCGUUGAUAACAUAAGCAGACAGUAUGGCCCAGACGUGGAGCGGAGGUCACUCUGCCCCGGUGUUAUGCAUUCAGUCCGCCGGUGGAGGCGAGGCUCUGCUGGCGUCCGGGGCGGAGGGGGGUGAGGUGACUCUGUGGAGCCAGGAGGGGAUACCAGUCGCUCAGCUGCGGCUGGCCGGCGAGGAGGACGUCACCUGCACGGCCUUCUCCCCAGCAGCGCCGGGUCUCCUGUACGUGUCGCAUGGAGAUGCAGUCAGUGUACUUGACCCCAGAAACUUGAAAGAGCCCGUCGAGCAUCUAAGUGGAAUCGGUGAAGAUGAAAUCAACGGGCUGUCUUUUAACGACACCGGCGCCAUGCUGGCUGCGGGCGACGACUCGGGCGCCGUGAGGAUUGUGGAGGUACAAAGCGGGAAGGUUGUCCGGACGUUGCGCAGACACACAAACAUCUGCUCGUCUGUCGCCUUCCGUCCCCAGAGACCGCAAAGCCUGGUGACUGCUGGACUCGACAUGCAGGUGCUGCUGUGGAGUCUUCAGAAGGCGCGGCCGCUGUGGGCUGUGAGUCUGCAGCAGGAGCAGCAGGAGCAGCCUGGGAAGCUGUUCAACCCGCCGCUGGCCCACUGCGUGUCUGUGGCCUCCUGUGGAAACGUGUUCGCCGCCGCCGCCGAGGACGGCCGCCUGCACCUCAUGCGCGUGGGCGCAGGCUCCCGCCUCGAGCAGCAGGGGGCGCUCCAGGCCCACAGCCAGGGCGCCUCGCAGGCCCACUUCCUCAGCUUCCUGUCGCAUCCCUACUGGCUGGUCUCCGGGGGCAACGAUGGAGUGGUGGCUCUGUGGGACGUCAGUGCUGAAGGGCUCCCCCCGGAGGCCAAGACCAGCAACAGCAGCCGGCCAGCAGCCAGCCGUAGGAAAGCCAGAGGCAGACAGAGGGCCAAACAACAGCAGGCCAAAGCCCGCCCUCAGGGCUCAGAGCAGGAGGAGCAGGAGGAGCAGGAGGAAGAGGAGAAGGAGGGAGAGGCCUCUGGAGGGAGUGUGUGUGCGGACUCAGGGGAGAGUGUGUGUGCGGACUCGGGGACAGAGAAGAAGAAAGGACCUGCUGUCAGCUUCACUCACUUGGACAAAAUCAACUGGGUUUGUCCCGCGCUGCUCCAGGGAAAGCCCAGCAUCCUAGUGGCUGAUCAGAGCACUGACUUAUAUGUGUACCCCCUGACUGCACUCUAGCGCCCCCUGUGGACACCCACCUGGACUGCACUCUAGCGCCCCCUGUGGACACUCACCUGGACUGCACUCUUGCGCCCCCUGUGGACGCCCACCUGGACUGCACUCUUGCGCCCCUUGUGGACACCCACCCCCUGACUGCACUCUAGCGCCCCCUGUGGACACCCACCUGGACUGCAGUUCCUCAGGGGUCUAGCUAGCUGACUGGGUAUGUGGUAUUAGUAAGACAGACAUUUCAGAAAAUAAACUUAAAGACACACAUCUGAAUUGGGACGUGCUGAGACUAGCGGCAUUUGAUUGGAUGUUUUCUGUGCUUGACUCCACCCUCACUGAGACACUCAUGAGAUGAGCUAUGUUGAGUGGCCAGACUCUUCUGUGUGUGUUUAGUAGCUAAAGCUAAUUAAAGCUAAAACUAAUAAACAAUGUGCUGCAACAUUCUCUAAAUAA